AUGUCUGAUUCAGAAAACGAAUUAGAUUUCGUGAUAGAUUCGGAAAAUGCUAGUGACAGCGAAGAACAGUUCGACGACGAGAACAAUGAAGCAUCAAGUGCUUUGUCAACAGAUAUUUCACUCGAUCUGCAAGAUCCUACAUUUUCCAAAAUGCGUAUUUUUAAUACAAUUCGUCCAGAACUGAAAAGUUCUUAUUUUGAAAUAGAAAUAUCUGGUCGAAAGAAAUUUAUUCACAAACAGACAGCUUGUUGGCUUCUAGCGGAAAAUAAAGCAUCCUUGUCAAGUGAUCGUCUUACUCGCGUAAGACAACACUAGUAUAAAACUAUAAGACAAUUCAGUAGACUUUUGCUAUAAAGACUAAAAGUUAAAAAUCGACAUCUUGUUUUUUUUUUGAAAAUAAACAAUAAAAGUUCAUUCUGUUCCUUGUAUUAAAACAGAUAAAAGAGUAAUAAAUACGACGAUAGCUAUAGCUGUCGAUCUCAUAAGUUGUAGAAAAAAAAGCAUGUGAAUUUUUCUUUAGUUUGCUACGGACAAAUCGUUUCACACAUUACAACAAAUAAUUAACUAUACUAUUUCGGUUUUAAUUUUACGUUUUUUUAUAUAGGUUUAUUCGUGUGUAUUUUAAGUUUCUGCACGUCAGUGGUCAUUGUCUUGGUAGAUAUCUGCAUAUAGUUGUUGUUGUAUGAAAAUUGAGGAACGCAAAAAUCAGACUAUUCAUUUUUCAAAAUUUAUAUUUCGCAUGCCACAUUUGGCAGAAGAAGAUAUCUAUGUAAUGAUCUACAAUUGUUUGUAAAUUUUUACUGUUGCAAUCAUCUGCUAAGUUCACCAUUUUGUUGAUAAAAACGAUUAUCAAAUUUACAAAAGAGAUAUUUUUUUUUCCAUGAAAUCAUACGUUAAAAAAUACUGAGAUACAAAUCAGUGGCGAAUACACUUUACACGAUGUCAUGUAAAAAUUAUAUCUCUUGGAUUCUCUGAGCUCUCAUGUACUCCCAUUGUACUCCCGGAGUCCAGAGAGUACAGGAGUACAUGGUUUUCCCUUGAGAAAUAGGAAUAUUUAAAGUGGUUGACGAAGGUACCUGUGAUAGUCUCCUACAUAAGAAUUGUAUCUCACAGACUCCUUGUACUUCGGUGUACUCCCGGAGUCCAGGGAGUACAAUGGGACUACGGGAGUACAGCGGAGUACACAGAGUACGGGAGUACGUGAUUUCUCCCUUGCUUUCACGUUACAGUGUUAAAGUAUUAAAGUAUGUUACUUUAACUUUGAUUUUAACGUUAAAGUUAAAGUUAAACUCCCACCCCUAUGUUGGACUCCCUGUACUCCCAUGUACUCCCGGAGUCCAGGGAGUACAGUGGGAGUACGGGAGUACAAUGGGAGUACGGGAAUACGGGAGUACGGGAGUACGUGUUUUCCCCCUUGUGUGGUACUUUGGGGUACUUUGAUAUGUAGAACAAAGUACCAGCAAAUACUUUGUCAAUGGAAACGAAUACCCAAAUAUACUUUGUUUCAGAUUCCUAUUGGAAACGCUGAUUUGACCCCCCUGCUAAAUGAUCACCUCGUGAUUCUGAAUGUGAACGGAGUUUUUCGGUUCCUACCACGUAAAGUAACCUCUACAAUACUCUCUAAAAAAAAGGAGCUUUGCAGAACCCUUCGAAAAGGUUCUGUAGAUUUCUAAAAGACUCCAAAUGUGCCCAAAGUCUCAAAAAAAGGAUAAAAAAUUCGACAGAACCUUUUGAAGGUUCUGCGGAGUACCCACUAGCAGAACCAUCUCUCGCAAAACCUUUUUUUAGGUUCUGUAGAGCAAAAAAAGGUUCUGUGAAAAAAUACGAAACCUUAAGGGUUCUGUACAAAACCAUUAACGUUUCGUGAGAAACCCUAAUGGUUUUGUACAGAACCCUA